AUGAGCCACGUCACCGCCAUGAACGAGCCCUUUCCGACGCCGCAGGCGCUUGCGGCCGGUACGACGACGCACGCCCAGCACCGCUUCCGCAUCUCAACGCGCAAGCUCCCCAUCUCCAAGGCCGGUGUCAUCGACGACCUCACUGAGCGCCUCGGCAUCCCCAUGCCCGAGAUGAUCUUCGGCGACAAUCUCGUUGCCAUCACCCACGCGCCCUCGGGCUGGUCUAUGGCCUUCUCCACCCCGGAGGCCCUGGACGCCGUCGACAAGACCGAUCGCCGCAUGCUCAAGGUCGCCUACGCCCGCGACUGGGAGAGCACCCGUGAGGGUACCACGCAGGGCAUCAAGGAGGUUGUCAAGCCCUACGACUGGAGUUACUCCACCGACUACGCCGGCACCGUCGACCCGGCCGCCGAGAAGCAGUUCCAGCCCUCGGAGAAGCCCAUCCCCAUCGAGUUGCUGAAGCGCCGAGACCCGAUCCUGUUCUUCGACGAUGUCAUGUUGUAUGAGAGCGAGCUCGACGACAAUGGCAUCUCCAUCUUUAGCGUCAAGGUCCGCGUGCAUGACAAGCGCAUGCUGCUGCUGUGCCGCCUAUUCAUGCGCCUCGACAACGUCAUCGUCCGGGUGCGCGACACCCGUGUCUACGUCGACUUUGAAACGGACGAGGUGAUCCGCGAGUACACUGCCCAAGAGGACAGCUUUGAGAACUUGAAGAGGAAGCUAUUAAUGUCUGGAAGACUGCCCGACGACAUCACUAUUGCCCUGCGAGAUCCCAAUCUACUUGCCCCCAUGCUCCCCUUUGUCGAACAACGAAGAGAAGCCGUCAACUUGAGGGCAUGA